UCCGGUUGCCAUUUCUUUAAGCAAUUAACACUACCCUAAUUCGUAACUUCCAGAACUGGUUUAUAUUCUAAAAGUUACAUACUACUUACUACAUGAUGCAGCAAAAUGCAUUAUUUUGUGUUUCCACUUCGUUGAAGGAUCUGGAAUUGUCUUCAGAACAGCGAUCAAAGCAACUCUCCUUCUCUCCCCUGGCGAGUUUCUGCCACUCAAUAACUUGGACUCACCUGCCUGCCUUCACCCCGUCUUUGACAUUAUUCUGUGGAUCCCACUUCCUGGCAUCGGGCCAGAGGGGGAAAAGUCCCUCGCCGGUCCCUCUCCUCCGUAUUAGUUUCCAAAAGGCAUCUUUAAUGCUGCCAGAGAGCGCACUGUGAGGCAGCGAGAAAGCGAGGCGAGCGGAUUGCUAUCUUUGUGACAGCUUUUCUGCUUGGCGGGCUGCGUGUGAGCCAGGGCACUGGACUGGACUGUGGUGUUUCGUGGAGGAGGUAGGAGGGGAGGUGGAGGAGGGAGAACUGAGGGGCAAGCUGGACAGAUGGAGGACGGCGCCCAACAACUGGGACACUGCAUGGUUGACAUGAAGGAACUGAGUGCCAACCCUGAAGGACUGACUGCUGCCGGUGUUAUUCUCACACCCAAGCUGCCUCAGAUGGAGUUCAGCCUUGCCUGUAAUGAUCUGGCGGCCUCAGGCAGAGACAGGAAGCCCAAUGCUUUGGUCCAGGUGUCUGUCAUAGAUCCCCACAAGCAGCUCCUCGUCUCUCAUGCCUGCACAGAGAUAGUGGAGGCGAACAAAGACCCCCUGUUUUUGACGGGGGUGACCUUCCCUUCAGAGUAUCCUGCCAGCCCGGAGACACUAGUCAAGCUAACUGUGUAUGAUGCAAAGGACAAGAGCCAGGAAUCACACUGA